UAAUGAUUACAAGUGUUUGCAAACAGUAAUCAAUGACUUGAAUAGUGUUUUGUUUUAAUUAUUAUUUAAUUACAUUUAAAUUGAAGUCAUAUUAGCCAUUAAUUUAUGAUAUUUAAAAAAAAUAUUAAUUGAGAGUUAAAUUGCUAUCAAAUGAGUGCCGAAACUAUUGUAAGAGAUAUCUUUGGCGACAGCGAUGACAGUGAAGACGAGUUUGAGGGAUUUGAAGGCAACAAACAAAGUGGUGACAAACAAAAAGAUGAUUCAGACAAUGAUAACGACGAGAAAGACAACGAUAGUGACAGUGACAGACCAGUCAAAAGAAGGAUAAUCUCAGACGAUGAAGACAACGAUGAUAAUGAAGACAAAAAUGAUCGCAACGAUGACAAUGAUGAUGACGAUGAAGACAAAGAAGAUAGAGAUGAUGAACAUAAAGAUGAUGAAGUGAAGAAUGAUGACAAUGAAGGCAACGAUGACAGUGGAAGACUUGAUUCUCAAGAUGUUGUUCCAGACGUGUCAUCCGAUGAAGAGUCAGACGGCGAACGAAAACCAAAACAGGAUGAAAUGGUCUAUGAUUUUGAUCUUAUGCUUCAAAGAAAGAGAGAAGAGAGUCAGAGGCGGCGGAAACGUAAGAAUAUUGAUAUAAUUAAUGAUAACGACGAUGUGAUCGCAGAAUUGAUACAACAGAUGAAACAGGCAGCAGAUGACGACUUCGAGCUAAAUAAAAACCGAAUGACUGCAACCAGAAAACUCAAAAUGUUAUCAUUAGUGAUAACACAACUUAGAAAAUUAGAUUUAAGAGAAGCUAUUUUAGAUGCAGGAGUUCUUGGAGUUAUUACCGAUUGGUUGACACGACUACCUGAUGGAAGUCUACCUCAUCUUCAAAUUCGUGACAAUAUGUUAAAGAUAUUACUUGAAUUUAACAUCGAUGACGUCGAGAGAAUCAAAGCCAGUGGUAUAGGAAAAGCAGUUAUGUAUUUGUUUAAACACCCAAAAGAAACCAAAGAGAAUAAAAGGUUGGCCUCACAAUUGAUCGCCAGUUGGUCCCGACCUAUAUUCAAUGUAGACACUGAUUUCCAUUCAAUGAGUAAAGAUGAGAGAGAAAAACGAGAUUUAGAGCAUAUGAACAAAACUAAGAGAAUCCGAUCCGACUCUCUCAGUGAAACCGAUAGUCCGACCAUUACUCCAAAAACCAAACAACCGGAAGAAAAAAGUCUCAUAAAACCGGGCGAAAAGGGUUGGGUUCCCAGAGCUCGGGUACCGUUGCCUUCAAUGAAGGAUUAUGUGGUUCGUCCGAAAUCAUCAAAUGAUGUCGAUAUGCUUAGGAGCGGAUCCAGUAAGCGAUCAAUGGAUUCACGUAUCGACAAACACAUGCGAAACUUUCGAGAGCGUCAAAAACAAACUAAAGUUCAAAGAGCUGUUCCCAUAAGUAUUGAGGGCAGAAAAAUGGCUCUUUAAUUAGUAUUUUAGAUAAAACGUUCAUUUUUAUUAUAUUUAUAAAAUGAUAGAAAUAUUUUUCACUAAUUAUAUAUACAUU